GCGCUGCUUCUCGGCGGAGAGGAGGUGGCCUGAGCGCGGUCGUCCGAGCCAUGUCAGCGGGGAGCUCGGGGCAACGAGAGACGGGGGCCUCGGGAGGACGUCGCAGCAAAUGGGAUCAGCCCGGGCCAUCUCCGGCUCUCUUCCUUCUUCCUGCUACGACCCCUGUGGCUGGCCGCCCCAUCCAAGGCAGUGGAGACGGAGUGACUGGGAUGUCGGGGUCAGAGGGCUCAGCAGCUCCUUUGGGAGCCCUAGAUGCAGCUGCUGCGGUGGCAGCCAAAAUCAAUGCCAUGUUAAUGGCCAAGGGGAAGCUGAAACCAACAACCAGUUCCACAGACAAGCUCCAGGCUCCAGGGAAAGGCCCAGCUGCAAGCAAAAGCAAAGAUGACCUCGUUGUAGCAGAAGUGGAAAUCAAUGACGUGCCCCUUACAUGCCGAAACCUCCUGACCAGAGGACAAACUCAGGACGAGAUCAGUAGGCUGAGCGGUGCAGCGGUCUCCACUCGUGGGAGGUACAUGACUGCAGAAGAGAAAGCAAAAGUCGGACCCGGAGACCGUCCGCUGUACUUGCACGUCCAGGGUCAGACGCGAGAGCUGGUGGACAGAGCUGUAAACCGAAUUAAAGAGAUCAUCACGAACGGCGUCGUAAAAGCAGCGACUGGAUCCAGUCCCACUUUCAAUGGCGCCACCGUCACCGUCUACCAUCAACCUGCUCCCAUUGCUCAGUUGCCCCCGGCCGUUGGACAGAAACCUGCGUUCCAGUCUGGAGGAAUGCAUUAUGUCCAGGACAAGUUGUUUGUGGGCUUGGAACACGCGGUGCCGACCUUCAACGUCAAGGAGAAGGUCGAAGGCCCGGGCUGUUCCUACUUGCAGCACAUUCAGAUUGAGACGGGCGCCAAGGUCUUCCUGCGCGGAAAAGGAUCCGGGUGCAUCGAACCUGCCUCGGGCCGAGAAGCCUUUGAGCCCAUGUACAUUUACAUCAGCCACCCCAAACCAGAAGGUCUUGCAGCUGCCAAAAAACUGUGUGAAAAUCUACUGCAAACGGUUCAUGCUGAAUAUUCACGAUUUGUGAACCAAAUAACCACGGCAGUGCCCUUAACAGGAUUUGCACAGCCCGCAGCGAUUACCACCGUCCCCCCACAGCCACCGUAUUACCCACCAAAUGGCUUCCAGGCAGGCUAUCCUGUGGUUCCACCGCCUCAGCAACCAGUUCAGCCCCCCUAUGGGGUGCCAGGCAUAGUGCCUCCUGCAGUUCCCUUGGCGCCAGGCGUGCUGGCGUUGCCCACUGGAGUUCCACCCGUGCCCACCCAGUAUCCAAUCACGCAAGUGCAGCCUCCAGCUAGCACAGGCCAGGCUCCUCUGAGCACCCCUUUCCUUCCGGCCGCCCCCGUGAAAACAACCUUGCCAGCUGGUGCGCAGCCACAACCUCAGCCGCAACCUCAGCAGGGCCAAAAGAGGCGCUUCACUGAAGAGCUGCCGGACGAGCGUGAAUCUGGGCUGCUGGGAUACCAGCAUGGACCCAUUCAUAUGACUAAUUUAGGUACAGGCUUCUCCAGUCAGACGGAGAUGGACGGAGCAGGGCCGAAGCCAGCGGGUUCCUCAGGAAAGGAGAGAGAGAGGGACAGGCAGCUGAUGCCUCCACCGGCUUUGCCAGUGCCUGGAAUGAAGGCGGAUCCUGAAGACAGAAACGGGUCCUUAGUGGGCAGCAAUGAUCAUCCAGCGAAGAAGAUGAAAGCGGGCGAGAAGGGGUUCGGUCUGGUGGCUUAUGCCGGCGACUCCUCGGAUGAAGAGGAGGACCACGGAGGUCACAAAAAUGCAAGUAGUUUUUCACAGACGUGGAGCUUGGGAUACCAGUAUCCUUCGUCGCAGCAGCGCGCCAAGCAACAGAUGCCGUUUUGGAUGGCGCCGUAGCUGCUCUCAGCAACAUCUGCUCCCAGUCGUUUCCCUCAAGCAAUAACGCAUGUAUAUGAUGAUAAAAAAAAACUCAGCAAAAAUGUACAUCACCCUUACACUUUUGCACACGCUUCAGAGAUGCAGUAUACCUGUUGCCCCUCCCAGGUUGGGCGGCUCUGUUUAAAAAAAAAUAAAAAUCGGUAUUUCUGCAGUGGACAGAUCUGUCAAGCAACUUAAAAUCACAGGCUUCUUGGAACACACUUGCUAAUACCACUGGUAGCAUUGAUGCCAGCGACGAGUGUCCUCUUUUCUGCCUGCCCUGGCUUAACUCAUACAUCUCGUCCCAGUUUUGGAAGCGUCGGCAGCUCAGCUGAGCUAAUUGUAACAUACCUGUUUGCAUUUUGCCCCUCACCCAUCUUGACCUGCUGCUGUUCAGCUUUAUGUUUUCGUUUGGUUUUUAUAAUUGGAUUCCAUGUGACGCUUGGACUUCAGACAAGAGUGGGAAUCACCUUGCUUAAAAUUGGUUUCCCUGGCUAUUUUUUUUAAAAAAAAAUUUAGUGCUGUUACUAUGAUUAGCUCCACUCGGAAUUUUCUGUGCAAACUUCUGUUGAUCUCCCCCCCACCCCCCGCAAGUACUUCCCCAAACCUGAGAACCAGGUGUGACUUCACUGCAGGAGUUAGGUGAUGAGUCUCAAAUCUUCUCAGCCUGUGUCAUUCACGUCUCCAAGCCGCCGGCAUGGACGUAUCUUCUGUCGCAGCAGCAUCGUUACAAACUCGUUCCGUUCCAAAAUCCAGCCGAACGUUGCUUCGUGACUGUUGUGACUGAAAGGGAUGCUUUACGCUUGGAUCUCGGGAGACCUGGCGAAAUGUCGUCGUGGCUGAAGAGGAGCCUCUGUUGGGAUUGCUUUUAUAGUGAUUAAAAACUAUGCUGGGUCCCCCCCGGGCCCCGUGAACUGAUGCCAUGAAAACUUUUCUGCGUGGCAGAAUGGCGGAGGGGGCACCGUUGAAACGGAAUUUUGCAAUCUGUGUUCAAAAGGAAAAAUAAAUAAAAGCUCAUUGUAUUGGGA